UAUUUGAGGUUAGGAGGACACACAACCAGCUUCAGCAGACGAGACCUGCAUCUAUCCCUACCUCUCUCUCUCUCCGUGCCCUACACACACGCACACAUCCUGGGAGCUUCCAGAAGGCCAGGGACAGCUGGAUCGCUUAGCUGUUGUGCUUCUUGCCUUUAUCGGACGUUGUGUUUUGGACGACUCCUCUGGAGCGCUGCGUAGAGUGUGUCAGCCAGGGUAAGCGACACUGAAAUAUUGAUGUGGCGACAAGUGUGAUCCUUACCCCCACAGCCCUCACCCUCCUGGCCACAUGCACGCUACGGUGAGGGGGUGUCGAUGCCCCCAAGACCACCUGCACCACGGACACCAGCACUGAUCCAGUAAGGCCCACUCCUCCCAGCGGGGGAGGGGGUGAGCGAGCGGAGGGGGGGCAGGGAGAGUCGCCCCUCUUCUACCGAGAGCUGUGGUUCAUCUGUGUGAUGGCGGGUGUGGCCCUGCUCCUCCUGGCCCUCAUCCUGGCCCUCAUCCUCCACAAGGCCCUGAACAAGCCCCCCUUCACCCGAGAGCGCCCCCCUCUGGCUGCCUUGCCCCUGCAGAAGAGGAUCCCCAUGGUGUUUGAAACGGUGCCUGAUACGACAAACGCUUCCAACAGCGUCACUCUCAAAGGGUUCACUAUGCAUCUAGAGGGGGUACUGGACAGCAAGCUGGGGCCGGGAGGAGACGGACCUGCGGAGGCAGACCUGGGGAUCUUCAGCGUGUCCUCUCUCUAUGCCGUGCCCCCGGACCCUUCACAGAAUUCCCUGCGGCGCAGCGUGAGCCAGCUGAUAGACAGGAAGUCCCUGACGGAGGACGAGGAAGUGUGGGACCCCCACGUCCACGGACACGACAGCGGGAUGUUCAUGGAGGACGAGGAGUUUGUCGACACGAUCAAAGGCUUCAGCACAGUGAGGAAGGAGCACACCAUGUUUACCGACACUAACCUUUGACCUCCGAAGGACUCCUGGAUUUCACACUCGACCUCUACGGCAGGAAGCGACGAGCUACGAGAAGCAUCACACCAAGCUUAGUGGUUAGAGGGGAUGAACACUGACACACUUCAGAGGCAUCUGCUGGUGAUGUCGUUAAUAACAUUAAGAGUUGUUGUGUCAUCGUUGACCAUCUGUACUGGAGCGAUACCUGAAACUUCCAACACUUACCAAGGUCGACAUGUAGGACUGAUGGGAGGCGUGUGGCUCCAUAAAAGUGUCAGUGAACAAUAAUAGUGAUCAUUUAUUAAUUUUGAGAUGGCAUGCAAACAUGACAUGCUAGUGGAAUAGACAGCUGGUUUCACUGGCAAAAUAUUUCAUGGUAUUGACAGUAUUAUUGCUACAUUAAGAUGACCGUUUCAGUUGUCAUGUCUCAGGCUGUAGUGUAAAACAUGCAUGUUUUUGUACACAAAUAUCUGUCCUUGCGAUUUCUUACAUUUUCAAGCCAGGUUCGUUACUGCAUUGCAUCGUGCAUUUUAAUCUGUAUUUGGUGGCACGAUCAAUAUUAUUUCUCGUUAUUGUGCGCCGGUUUUCGCUUUCCGUCUAUCACGCACAACAAACGUAAGGUGGUCAACAAAGCUACUAUGGAGCAAAGCAGAAGGCAACACAUUUUUUUUUGGG